CUUAGAAGCUCCUAUUCUGAGACUCAAGGCAGCUGGGUCUCUGGCCCAACACGCCACACACGUGCACACCCUAACACAGCCCUCCUAAAUGUUUAUGAACUCGACGUAGCUCCAACAUCUGGGCAGCACCUGAAGCGGUUUAACGGCUCACUUAGUCUCUUGUCCCAGGGAGAUAUUUCUAACAGCAGCUAUGUGAAGACGCCAUUGAUUUCUGGCCACCUGCACACUAGCCAGGUUGUUCCUGUCAACCCCUCUGGUAUGCCCCGGUUCUCCAGCCAGCCAGCAGCAGCCAGCAUACGCCUGGGAGACAGCCAGGUUCUGGCCUGCGAUGUCAACCCAGACCUGGUGCCUUUAGCCCGGUGGGAGCGUGAGCGUGAGCCCCUGGAGCUGAGCUCUAGGCUGGUGCAGCUACCCAACGGAGCCCUGGUGGUGAGCAACGCUUCGGAGGCCGACGCUGGGCUCUACCGCUGCAUGGUGGAGAACGCUGGGCCCGCCAAGACCAGUGAAGAGGCCCAGCUCACAAUACUGCCAGAAACCGGAGAGGAGAGAGAACUGGAGUUCCUGGUAGAGCCACUUCCUGUGACCAAAGUGGUGGGGGCCAGUUUGCUGCUGCCGUGUGUGGUGACGGGUUAUCCAACACCCUACGUCCGAUGGAUGGUGGGAGACAAGCUUGUUGAGGAGAGUGAGGGGAAGUUGGAGUUGGUGGGAGGAGGCAGUCUGUUGAUCUACAACCUGACUGAGGAGGAUGCAGGCGUCUACAGCUGUAUGGCAGACAUCACUAACAACACUAUCGAGGCCAAGGCAGAGCUCACUGUACAAGUUCCUCCAGAGUUCCUGAAGAGGCCGGCCAACAUCUACGCCCACGAGUCCAUGGACAUCAUGUUUCAGUGUGAGGUCACAGGUUCCCCCGCCCCCACCGUCAAAUGGGUCAAAAACGGAGACGCUGUCAUUCCCAGCGACUACUUCAAAAUCAUUAAUGACCACAACCUGCAGGUGCUGGGUCUGGUCAAGUCUGACGAGGGCUUCUACCAGUGUCUGGCAGAGAACGAUGCAGGGAACAUGCAGUCCAGCGCUCAGCUCAUCAUCCUAGAGCACGGCUCCAGAGGUGUGGCUCACCCCACUGCCCCACCCCUCCGCCCCCGUGACGUCGUGGCCUCGCUGGUCUCCACCCGCUUCAUCAAGCUCACCUGGCGCCCUCCUGCUGAGCCCAACGGAGACGACCUCACCUACUCUGUCUACUUCAAUCAGGAGGGUACCAACAGGGAGCGUAUCCUGAACACCAGUCGGCCAGGUGAGAUGCAGGUCACCAUUCAGAACCUGAUGCCCGACUCCAAGUACAAGUUCCGGGUGGUGGCACACAACAAGAACGGCCUGGGAGAGAGCUCUGCCGUCCUCAAGGUGGCCACCCAGGGUGAAGUGCAAGUUCCUGGCCCCGCCCCCAACCUGCAGGCUGUGUCGACCACACCCACCUCCGUCACCCUCAGUUGGGACACGCCCCUCACUGGUAACGGAGACGUCCUCACCUACAAGGUCUACUAUAUGGAGAAGGGUCUGGACCUGGAACAGGACAUAGACGCUGGAGCUCUGUCCUACACCUUGAUGGGUCUGAAGAAGUUCACAGAGUACAGCAUUCGAGUGGUGGCCUUCAACAAGCACGGUCCGGGAGUGUCCACAGGAGACAUCACCGUCACCACCCUGUCUGAUGUCCCCAGUGCCCCUCCUCAAAACCUCACUGUGGAAGUUCACAACUCAAAGAGCAUCAUGGUCCGAUGGCAGCCCCCACCACCAGGCGCCCAGAACGGCGAGAUUACUGGGUAUAAGAUCCGUUACCGGAAAGGAACGCGGAAGAGCGAGGCGGCAGAAACCACGGGAGGCACCCAGCUAUUCCAACUCAUCGACGGUCUGGAGCGGGGGACAGAGUACACGUUCAGAGUAUCAGCCAUCACAGUGAACGGCUCCGGGCCCGCCACAGAGUGGAGCACCGCAGAGACCUUCGAGAGCGACCUGGACGAGUCCAGGGUGCCAGACAUCCCCAGCUCGCUACAUGUGCGCCCGCUGGUCAACAGCAUCGUGGUGAGCUGGACGCCGCCGGAGAACCAGGACAUGGUGGUACGAGGCUACACCAUCGGCUACGGCAUCGGCAGCCCCCACGCCCAGACCAUCAAGGUGGACUACAAGCAGCGCUACUACAGCAUUGAGAACCUAGACCCCAGCUCUCACUAUGUGAUAACCCUGAAGGCCUUCAACAACGUGGGGGAGGGGAUCCCUGUAUACGAGAGCGCCAUCACCAGGCCACAGUCAGACCCCAUAGACCCUGAUGUUGAUGUGUAUGAACUCUUCCAUGCGCCAUACACACCAGUACCAGACCCCACCCCCAUGCUACCUCCCGUGGGCGUACAGGCCUCGGUGCUCAGCCACGACACCAUCAAGGUGACCUGGGCCGACAACUCUCUGCCCAAGAACCAGAAGAUCACGGACGCACGCUACUACACGGUGCGCUGGAAGACCAACAUCCCCGCCAACACCAAGCUCAAGGUACGGUCACGGGGACGCAGCAGCAUGGCCCGCAGGGCCCCGUUCAAAACAACACAGCUUUAUUAUUCCCUCACGGUUCAUUUUAAAGUAGAAGGUGUCAUCAGAGCACAGCAUAGUAUAUGUAUAUGUUCAGCUAUCCCACGAGCAGCGUGAUGAAUCAAUGUGAAGUAAUCCCACCCACUAAUUACAUGAGGUUCAAACGUCUCUCAGUCCUUCCCAUCUACAUGCCACAGUCCUUCCCCAUCUACAUGCCACAGUCCUUCCCAUCUACAUGCCACAGUCCUUCCCCAUCUACAUGCCACAGUCCUUCCCAUCUACAUGCCACAGUCCUUCCCCAUCUACAUGCCACAGUCCUUCCCCAUCUACAUGCCACAGUCCUUCCCCAUCUACAUGCCACAGUCCUUCCCCAUCUACAUGCCACAGUCCUUCCCAUCUACAUGCCACAGUCCUUCCCAUCUACAUGCCACAGUCCUUCCCCAUCUACAUGCCACAGGCCUUCCCCAUCUACAUGCCACAGUCCUUCCCCAUCUACAUACCACAGUCCUUCCCCAUCUA